AUGAAGACUACUAUUACUGAUAAUCUUUCAUGGAAUAAAAUUCGAAAUUCUGUAAUUCAAACAGAAGAAUUUCUUAGUACCGGAGGUAAUUUACGCCUUUCAACGAAAGAAGUUUUUGUUGAUAGAAUUUUAAUGAAAUACAAAAAUGAUGAGCUUAAUGAAGGCUUUAACAAUCUAGAAAAGUUAGCUGCUAGUAUGCAUUUUUUCAAGGCUAAGCAAUUGAUUGAUAACUCUGAAGUUUUUAAGCUUUUAAAAUUAAUGCCAAAAGGAGGUCUUUUACACGGUCAUAAUGCAGCUAUGGUUUCAUCGGAAUGGAUUAUAAAAAAUUUAACUUAUUAUCCUGGUUUACUAAAAUGUACUAAUAAAGAUGGAGUGGUUAUAUUUUCAUUCAGAAAAUCUGAUUCACAUAAUUGUAACACAAAUUAUGAAUUGGUGGCAAAUGAAAGAAAUCGCUCUAACAAUCCUGAAUUUUAUGAUCGAAUUUUGGAAAAAUCUAUUAAUUUAUACGUUCCUAGACCGGAAGUGGAAUAUCCAAAUAUUAAAGUAGUUUGGGACAAGUUUCAAAAUAUAUUCUUAACUGUAAAUGAUUUUAUUAAAUUUUUACCAGUUUUCAAAGCCUAUCAUUAUCGCUUAUUAGAAGAAAUGUAUCAAGAUGGAAUUUUUUACAUUGAAAUGAGGCAUACAUUCUCUCAGGGCUAUGAUCAUAAAAAUUCUUUAAGCGCUAUUGAAAUGACCUUAGAACUUUUAAACGUUGUCAAAGAUUUCAAACGCACACAUCCAGACUUCAUUGACCUUAGAGCUAUUUAUCAAGUGAAAAGACGCAUCACAAUCGAAGAAUUGUCACAACAAAUUUCACAAUUUUUAACACUGCGUUCAUAUUUUCCAGAAUUUAUAAUUGGAAUUGACUUAGUGGGGCAAGAAGACACUGGAAAUUCUCUGUAUUAUUAUUAUAAGUUAUUGCAACAGUUAUCUCCUACCAAUAGGUUUUUCUUUCAUGCUGGCGAAACAAAUUGGUAUGGAGUUGCUGCUGAUUACAAUAUCUUGGAUGCUAUUUUACUAAAUACGACCAGGAUUGGACAUGGUUAUGCACUAGUAAAACAUCCGGUUCUUUGGAAUUCUGUUAAACGUUAUGGCAUUGCUAUAGAAGUUAGUUUGAUUUCAAAUCAAAUUCUACAUUUAGUUGAGGAUUUACGAAAUCAUCCUGCGGCAUUUUAUAUUUCUGAAAAUAUACCAAUUGUUAUAACAAAUGAUGACCCAGGCUUUUGGAAUGCUAAAGGUUUAAGCUAUGAUUUUUAUUACUGUCUAAUGGCUGUCGGUUCAAAUAGAGCUGGUUUAAAACUAUUGAAGCAAUUAAUUAUCAAUUCUUUAAAAUACAGUGCAAUGACUUCUAACGAUAAAAAUAUUGCAAUAAAAAUUUUUCACAAACGAUGGAAUAAUUUUUUAGAUCAUAUAAUAAAAAACUAUAAUUUAUACAAUUCAAAAAACUAA